CUCUAGGAUUACUCAAUUAAGCGUUCAGUACAUGAUGUCAAUAAUAAAAAGAAGAACUGCACCGAAUUCGAUAUCUUUUUGAAAACUUACAAAACCUGAGAAGCUAGCCUGUUUAAAACAGGAAGCUGUGUUGUUUACUACGUUACUAAUGUCUGUCAUCAGAUGGUAUCUCCGUGAGACUUGAGCUACCACUGGCUGCAUAAAGGACUUCACUAAAUUAGCAGGCACCACUGGUCUUUUUGUUUUCAUCUGGGCAAGGACUUAUCGAAAUGCAACAGAACUUGUUUCUUUAGAAGAAAUUUCCAGUACAAGCAAAAUGACAAGCUCAAUAGAUGACGUUGAGGUCUUCGGAACCACGCCCUACGACUAUGAGCAGGCACUGCCAUGUGAAAAAGCCAGUAUCAAGGAGCUGGGUGCCCAGUUUCUGCCCCCACUGUACUCCCUGGUGUUCAUCGUGGGCCUGCUGGGCAAUGUCGUGGUGAUAGCGAUCCUCACCAAGUACAGGAGGCUCAGGAUUCUGAGCAACAUCUACCUGCUCAACUUGGCAAUUUCUGACUUGCUCUUCGUCUUCACUCUGCCAUUCUGGAUUCACUCCGCUGGGUGGAAUGAGUGGGUCUUUGGCCACGGCAUGUGUAAGCUCCUCUCGGGGCUUUACCAAAUGAGCUUGAACAGCGAGAUCUUCUUCAUCAUGCUGAUGACAAUUGAUAGGUACUUGGCCAUCGUCCACGCUGUGUUUGCCCUUCGAGCCCGGACUGUCACUUUUGGUGUCAUCACCAGUAUUGUCACCUGGGGCCUGGCAGGGCUAGCAGCCCUCCCUGAAUUUCUCUUCCAUGAGUCCCAAGACGUGACUCAAGAGCCCGUGUGCGGCCCUGCUUACCCAGAGGGUGGAGAAGAUAGCUGGAAGCGUCUCAGCGCUCUGAGAAUGAACAUCCUGGGUCUCGCCCUUCCCCUGCUCAUUAUGGCUGUCUGCUACUCAGGAAUCAUCAAAACACUGUGGAGAUGCCCCAAUAAAAAGAAGGACAAGGCCAUCCGGCUCAUCUUUGUCAUCAUGGUGGUCUUUUUCAUUUUUUGGACACCCUACAACCUGGUUCUCCUUCUCUCUGCUUUUGAAGUGAUCUUCUUUGGGAAGAGCUGUGAGAGCAACAGACACCUGGACCUGGCCAGGGAGGUGACAGAGGUGAUCGCCAACACACACUGCUGCAUCAACCCGGUGAUCUACGCCUUUGUCGGUGAGAGGUUCCGCAAGUACCUGCGCCACUUUUUCCACAGGCACGUGGCCGGGCACCUGGGCAGGUACAUUCCGUUCCUUCCUAGCGAGAAACUGGAAAGGGCCAGCUCUGUGUCCCCAUCCACGGGGGAGCCGGAACUCACUGUGAUGUUUUAGGUGUGCUGCAGAGAAUUGCCUAAUGAGGAUCGGUUGGGCAGAGGAAGCAAACACAUUAAGUCAACCACCUUUACCUCUGCACCUUUACCUUGGAACUAGCAGAGCAGCACUGCUGAAACACACACAGGACGGUGGCAGUACAUGCGUGCACCUCAGGGCAUUACCAGAGGCCAAGGGCUGGGCAGUUUACUCAUCGCAGACCUUGAAAAGCAGAGCUUUGCUUCAUUCUCUGAACAGUUACAUAAUACAUUUUAAUACUCCUGAAUGUUUCUUACUAUAUGCAGCUAUAAACAGGUACAACUUUAUAUUUCAAAUCUUAACUUCAUCAGCUAUUGACAUAAAUGAAGCAUUUCACAAAAUACAAUAAAUUUAAAUCAAGAUGUCAGCUGGGCAAAAAUAUAUAUAUAUAUAUAACAAGUCAAUUACUUUAUUUGCUAAUGUGACUAGCUCUCUCCUUGCAUGAUGAAAGCCUUUUAUUUUGUUUUUGGAUAUGAAUAAAUAAUCUCAAGAAACAUAGUGUAA